UGUCAAACUAAACGAUUUCCGCGUUAUAGGCCAAAAUGGCUUUCAGAAGAAAUGUUGAAGAAGACAAAGUAGUUCAAAUACUUAGAGAUUUAGCCAAAUUACCAGCUAACAGACAAUGUUUUGAUUGUAACCAAAGAGGACCGACAUAUGUAAAUGUAACAAUAGGGUCAUUUGUUUGCACUUUAUGCUGCGGAAUAUUACGAGGAUUAAAUCCACCUCAUCGAGUAAAAUCCAUCACAAUGACCAGUUUCACUUCUGAAGAAAUUGACCUUAUAAAACAAAGAGGAAAUGAGUGUGUAUGUGUUUGAAGUAUUGCAGGCAUAUAUGGCUUGGAGCUUAUGAUCCUACAACAAAUAUGGAACUUGAAAGAAGGAUUG